AUGAGCUGCCGCGGGCUCAGCGCGCGCCGCGGCCGCAGCGCAGACGAGCAUGAGGCCGCGCAGAAGGAGAAGGGGGGGUCUCAGGUGGGAUUUGGGGUCUCGGACGAGCGCGAGGCCGUGCAGAAGAAAACCUUCACCAAGUGGGUGAAUUCCCACCUGGCGCAGGGGUCGCACCUGGGCGACCUUUACAGCGACCUGCGGGACGGGCGGCUCCUGCUGCGCCUGCUCGAGGGGCUCUCGGGGGAGACCCUGGUGAGGAUUUGGGGGUCUGACCCUCCCUGCCCCACAGAUGUGGCCGUGGAGCAGCCGGACGAGCGGUCAGUGCUGACCUACGUGGCCGCGCUCUACCAUCACUUCUCCAGGAUGAAGGCGCUGGCUGUGGAGGGAAAACGUGUCGGGAAGGUGCUGGAGGCGGCGCGCGAGGCCGAGGGCCUGGCCGGCCGCUACGAGGCGCAGGCGGCCGAGCUGCUGGGCUGGAUCCAGCGCUCGCUGCUGCUCCUCACGGACCGGCGCCUGCCCCGCGGCAUCCCCGGCCUGCAGGGGCAGCUCCAGGCCUUCAGCGCCUACCGCACCACCGAGAAACCCCCCCGCAUCGAGAGCGACAUCGCCGCCUACGGCAGCCGCGUCCGCGCCGUCACCGCCGUGGCCGCCGAGCUGGAGGCCGAGCGCUAUCACGACAUGGGCGGCAUCGCGACGCGGCGCGACCACGUCGUGUCGCUUUGGGAAGCGCUGCGGGCGCAGGUGGCGGCGCGGCGGGAGCGGCUGCGGGCGCACCUGGAGCUGCAGCGGCUCCUGCGCGACCUGGAGCACCUGAUGGGCUGGAUGGAGGAGAUGGAGGUGCGGCUGCAGUCGCGGGAUUUCGGGCAGCACCUGAGCCAGGUGGACGAUCUGCUGCAGAUCCACGCCCUGGUCGAGGGGGACGUGGCGGCCCAGGCUGAGAGGGUCCGGAGUGUGGGGGCGGCGGCCGAGCGCUUCCUCGGGGAGGGGGGCGGGUACCGCCCGUGUCCCCCGGAGCAGCUGCGGGCCCGCGUGGCGGCUCUGGAGCUCCGUUACCGGGGGCUGUCGGCGCUGUCGGAGCAGCGGCGGCUGCGGCUGGAGCGCUCCCGGCGCCUCUGGAAGUUCCUGUGGGACGCGGGCGAGGAGGAGGCCUGGAUGCGGGAGCAGGAGCGGCUCCUGCGCUGCCCGGAGCUGGGCCGGGACCUGCCGGGGGCCCUGCGGAUGCUGAGCCAGCUCGAAGCCAUCCGAGGGCUCCGGCUCAGCAUUCCUGGAAUUCUCGGUCAUUCCCGGCGCUCCCGCAGGUUCGAGACGCUGGAGCCGGAGCUGGCGGCGCUGGCGGCGCGCGUGGCCUCCGUGGGCCGCGUCACGCAGGAGCUGCAGGGAUCCGGGGACAGGAACCGGGAGAGCGCCCGGGAGACCUGGGAGCAGCUCCGGGACAGGUGGGAGCGGUUCCGGGCGCUGGCCGAGCGCAAGAAGGUGGCGCUGACCGCGGCGCUGAACAUCCACAAUUUCCGCCUGGAAUGCCACGAGACGCGGGGCUGGAUGCGGGAGAAGACAGCAGCGAUCGAGGCCACGCGGGCGCUGGGCCGGGACCUGGCGGGGAUCACGGCGCUGCAGGGGAAGCUGUCGGGGAUGGGGCGCGACCUGGACGCCAUCCAGGGAAAGCUGCGGGAGCUGCGGGCCGAGGCCGAGAAGCUGCAGGGGGAGCAGCCGGAGCGAGCGCCCGAGAUCCGCGAGGGGCUGGCGGGGCUGGAGGCCGAGUGGGACGCGCUGCGCCGGUGCCACCGGAGCCGCGAGGAGUCCCUGGGGCAGGCGCGGCGGCUCCAGGGCUUCCUGCGGGACCUGGCGGCGCUCCAGGCCUGGCUGUCCCGCACCCGCGCGGCCGCGGGCUCCGAGGAUGUCCCCGCGUCCCUGGCCGAGGCCGAGGGCUCCCUGCGGCAGCACGAGAGUCUCCGCACCGAGAUCUCGCACUACGGCGCCGAUUACCGGAGCGCCCGCGCCGCCGGCCGGGAGGUGACGCGGGGACAGGCGGACCCGCAGAGCCUGUCCCUGCUGCAGCGCCUGGAGGCGCUGGAUGCGGACUGGGAAGAGCUGGGCCGGGUGUGGGAGAAGCGGCAGCGGCUCCUGGCCCAGGCUGUCGCCUUCCACGUGUUCCUGCGGGACGCCAAGCAGGUGGAGGGGACGCUGGGGAAGCAGGAGCACACGCUGGCUCACACGGAGAUGCCGGGCACGGUGCCGGGCGCGGAGGCGGCCGUGAGGAGGCUGGAGGAGUUCCUGGCCGCGCUGGACACCGGCACCGAGCGCGUCCGGGCGCUCACGGACACCGGGCGGAAGCUGCUGGAGGAGGGCGGCGUCCACGCAGAAAAGGUGCGGGAGACAGUGGAGUCGGUGGAAAGCAGGUCCUACGAGGGCACACGGGACCUGCAGGGCAAGUGGCAGAAGCACCAGGCCUUCGCCGCCGAGCUCGCGGCCAACCGGGGCUGGCUGGAGGCGCUGGAGAAGGACGGCGAGCAGCUGGCGCGGGCGCGGCCGGCGCUGGCCGGGCAAGUGACGGCGCCCCGGCAGGAGCUGCGGGCGCUGUGGGCGCAGGUGGAGGCGGCGGCGGCCGCCAAGGGCCGGGGCUUGGCCGAGGCCGCGCGCGCCGAGAGCUGCGCCCAGGCCUGCGCCGGACUGCGCUCCUGGCUGGCCGGAGUCCGCGCCCAGCUCCGCUCCGGCCACUGCGGCCAGGACCUGACCAGCGUCGGGGUCCUGCUGACCCGGCACCAGGACGAGCCGGGCGCCCAGGCCAUGCUGAGCCGGCACCUGGGGCUGGAGCAGGAGCUGCGCGACUACGGCGGCACCGUGGAGCUGCUGGCCGAGCAGGGCCGGGCCAUGGCGGCCAGCGGCCACCCCGACGGCGAGCGGCUCCGUGCCCGCGCCGCGCAGCUGCAGCGUCUCUACGCGGGGCUGUGCCACCUGGCUGAGGAGCGCAGGGCCACCCUGCAGGGCCACCACCGGCUGUGCCAGCUGCGCCGCGACCUCGACGACCUGGAGCAGUGGAUCUCGGAGCGAGAGGUGGUGGCGGCGUCCCGGGAGCUGGGGCAGGACUUCGAGCACGUCACGGAGGGCGCGGUGGCCGCGGCCUGGGCCGAGCUCCGCGGGCGCUGCCAGCGCCGGCGCCGCCUGCUCGGGGACAGCGUGGAGCAGUUCCGGUUCCUGCGCGCCGCCCGCGACCUGCGCCUCUGGAUGGACGGCGUGCACCUGCAGCUGCAGCUGUCCCAGGAGCUGGCCGAGCUCCAGGAGCGCCGCAGGGACAUCGGGGAGCGCUGGCAGGACAAGCUGGAGUGGCUGCAGACUGUGCUGGAGGUGCUGGUGUUCGGGCGCGACGCGGCCACGGCCGAGGCGUGGCUGGCCAGCCGGGAGCCGCUGGCCCGCGCCCCCGAGCUGGGCUCCAGCCUGGCCGAGGCCGAGACCCUCCUCAAGCGGCACCAGAGCUUCCAGAAGGCCGCGGCCGCCUGGGACGAGAGAGGGGCGCAGGAGGGGGGGCCCGGCCCGGGGGGAGGGGCGGCCACGCUGCCCCCCCGCGCCCCCCCCCAGCCCGAGACCCUCGAGGGGACCCUGAGCCGGAAACAGGAGCUGGAGGCGGCCGGGAAGAGAGCGGCCAACAGGUCCUGGCAGAGCCUGUACUGCGUGCUGCGGGGGGGGGUCCUGAGCGUGUUCAAGGACGCGCGGGGGGCGGGCGCGGGGGUCCCGUGGCACGGCGAGCCCCCCGCCCCCCUGCGCGGCGCCCGCUGCCAGCCGGCCACCGCCUACCGCAAACGCAAACACGCCGACAUGGCCCUGUGGCUCCGGGGGAUCGAAGCCGCCGCCGGGGCCGCGCUGGGUCCGGGGGGGCCCCGGGAGGGUCCGGGGGUCCCCGGGGGUCCCCCCAAGGGGAUGUCGCGGGCCCUGAGCCUCCCCCCGGUGCCCCCCCCGGCCGAGGGAGCCCCCCGGGCCCGCGAGCCCAAGGAGAGGGAGAAACGCUUCAGCUUCUUCAAGAAGAACAAGUAG